GCUGCUCAGUGUCACGCUGUCUUUUCCAGGGAGAACACCGCCAUGGCUCUGUCCACUCUUCCCCUCACUGCGCUUUGCUUUGCGCUUCUGCUCUGUCUGAUUGGUGGAGCACAGACUGAGGUUCCGCCCAGUUGCUUGGCCUCGGCUGGUGUCCCUGGCAACCCUGGACACAAUGGGCUCCCAGGCAGAGAUGGCAGGGAUGGAAAAGAUGGGAGAGAAGGAGUUUCAGGACCCAAGGGGGACAGAGGAGACCCAGGGCUGCCAGUCCCAGGACCUCCGGGUAAGAUGGGUCCUGCUGGGCCAGCUGGUCCUAUGGGGCAGAAGGGGGAAGUUGGGAUGCCAGGAGCUGCUGAUGCUUUGCCAAAGUCCUUACGGACAGAAUUUCAGACUAUGAAAUCCAGAUUAUCUCUUAUAGAAAAAGCCAUGGGCUUCCACAUUAUCAGGAGAGUUGGACCGAAGUAUUACGUGACCGAGGGGUUGCAAGACGAUUUUGAUGCUGGUCUGAGAUUCUGCAGAGAUGCUGGAAGUGAUCUUGUGUUGCCUAAAAAUGAAGAGGAGAACAACGUUCUUGUGAAGAUGCUAAAAGUGUUAGAGGCACCAAUGGGGUGGAUAAGAACAACAGACAGGAAGACUGAAGGGAUCUUCCUGGACACAGAUGACAGCACCCUGACCUACACAAAAUGGAAACCAGGAGAGCCCAAUGAUCAUGACAAUAAUGAGGACUGUAGUAUGUUCUAUACAGCCACAGGCCUCUGGAAUGAUGUUCCCUGUGAUAGAAAAUACCACAUAGUAUGUGAAAUAAGCUAAAGAACAACAAUGCACUGCUGAAUUAGCUUGAUAGCUGUUUUAGCCAAAACAACUAUCCUGUUUGUCUUAGCGGUGGUGAUUUUCUACACAAAGCUAUGCAUCCUAUUAAUGUUAUAAUGCUAUUCCACCUUUUGAGUGACUUUAUUUUUAGAGUCAAGCUAAUUUCAGGAUCGGGAUCACACAGAUGCAGUAGCCAGCAGUGGGAAAAUCUGUUUCUUUUUUGCUAGAUUAUUAAUUGCAAGUAGGUUUGUAUUAUGAUCCCAGUGUUUUAGCCCUGUGUAUGUGUAUUGAUC